UCAGUCAUCGACUCAAAUCACUGCACAAACUCCAUAUAAAGGAACCAGAUUUUUCAAUCAUUAAAAUGAGUGAUGCUGCUGAGGAUCUGGUCUGCAGGCUGGAGAAGCUGCAGAGUCGCUUCACGUGGGACCUGAAGGAGGAAGACCUGGAGCUGGACGACCUCAGCAAUCAGCUGCAGCACGAUAGAGACCUGAAGCUGGGGCAGCGGGGGGCCGUGGCCCACUACUACCGCUUCCUGGCUUAUGUGAGGUAUCUCCAGGGUAAACCAGACGAGGCGCUGUCACUUCUCAGCCAAUCAGAGGAGAAGACCAGGGAGUGUUAUGGUGAGGACUGUGAACGGAGGCUCAUCGUGACGUACGGAGACAUGGCCUGGCUCAUAUACCACACCGGAGACUCCACACAGUCACAAAGCUACUGCCAGAGAGUGGAGGACAUCCUGGAGAAGAAUCCAGCCGAUUCCCCUUCUGACCUCCUCCCAGAGGUGUAUGGAGAGAAAGCCUGGACCUUCCUCAAGUUCUCCAUGUCCUACUACAAAAAAGCCAUUGCGUGUUCACUCAGGGCCUUGAAGCUGCAGCCGGACGACUGGGAGUGGAACAACUGCUACGCUAUCGCCCUGUUUCGUACAGAACCGAACGAUUUAAAACGGUAUCCUGAAGAGUCGCCAGUCACCACACAGCUUCGUCGGGCUCUGGAGAUGACCCCCAACGAUGGCGUCCUGCUCUCCUUGCUGGCUCUGAAGCUGCUCCACUACCAGAAACAUGAGGAGGCUGAUGGUCUGGUGAAGAAGGCCCUGGAGGUCGGAUCCAGGGACCCUCAAGUUAUCUACCAUGUGGCCAAAUACUAUUACAAGCGGCGCAAGCUGGAUCAGGCUAUAGAUCUUCUGAAGGGAGCGCUGGAGAGAAAUAGUCGGUCAGCAUUCAUCCACCAUCAGCUGGCCCAGUGCUACAGAGAUAAAAAGAAGGAACUGUUCUCAAAGAAGCCCAGACCAGAGGAAGAGCUGCAGCGUUUCAGGCGUCUCAGUAUUUACCACCUGGAGGAAACAAUCAAGCUGAGGAAGGGCUUUAACCACGCCAAGGCUGAUCUGGCUCUGCAGUACGCAGAGGACUCUAACAGAAGGAGAGCUCAGGAAAUGUUCAAUGAAGUUUUGGAGACAUUGGAAGAGGAGUCUGGGAUCAUCUACCAGUUCAUCUGUCGGUCCUACGCUGAGUUCUGCCAAUACCACAUCACUGACUGGGAUCUUGCCAUCACCUACUAUAAAAAGGCUCUUAAGUUCAACAGCUCCACUUCAGAUGGACGAUGGUGUGUCAAGAAGCUGAAGCAGAUAGCAGAGCGACGUCUCGAUAGAAGGCCUGGAGACGCCAUCGCCUACGGGAUUCUGGGAGCUGUGGCCAAAGCAGAGGGUCACCUGAAGGAAGCAGUCAGAUACUAUGAGAGAGCUCUGGAAAGAGACGCAAGUAACACAGAGUAUCUGUCGGAGCUGUGUGAGCUGCGUCUGAACCUGGACUGAUUCCUCGAAGGGUCCAGAGUGAGAGGUUCGUUAUCUCGUGUUUGACACCACUGCACAAACCAGUUAUUAAAACAUAGACUGCCACUUGCUGGAAGGCACAUUUCAGGACAGGGAUGACUGCAAAUGAAAUAAGUCUAAAUUGACGCUAAAUGAUUGUAUUCAGAUAAAAUGCCCCUUGCAGCAUAUUCAUUGUGGUUGUGGCAUAUCUAUGAUUUUAGAUUUUAGAUCAGUGUCUCAUUUCAUUUAACAAGUUUUAAGUUUGCAUGGAAAUAUUAACAAAUCAAUGUGAUUUUAUACAUGUCAUAUAUGAUAUUUACUAUGGUUCUACAUCAUCUCUGGGUGAUUGGCUUGUUGUGUGCUUCUCUUAAUAGGUCAGAUUGAAAAAAUCUGUCAAAAUGUUUAACCAACAAAAUGAAAUAAAGAAAUUCUGUUUCAUA